GAUAGCCGGAAGUCAUCCAAGCUGAAGCUGUGGCCCACACAACCUAUCUAGACAGUAGUCAGCUCCAGUUGGUAACCAGUAUGGCUGAUCGUGCGACGCUGGAGGAUCUGGUGCGACUUCAGGGAGAGCGCGUGCGGGCCCUUAAGCAGCAGAAGGCCAGCGCUGAGCAGAUCGAGGAGGAGGUGGCAAAACUACUGAAACUGAAGGCACAACUGGGCCCUGAUGAAGGGAAACAGAAAUUUGUGCUCAAAACCCCCAAGGGCACAAGAGACUACAGUCCCCGGCAGAUGGCAGUUCGGGAGAAGGUGUUUGAUGUAAUCAUCAGCUGUUUCAAGCGCCACGGUGCAGAAGUAAUUGAUACACCUGUGUUUGAACUAAAGGAAACACUGACUGGAAAGUAUGGGGAAGACUCUAAGCUUAUCUAUGACCUGAAGGACCAAGGUGGGGAGCUGCUGUCUCUUCGCUAUGACCUCACUGUUCCUUUUGCUCGGUAUUUGGCAAUGAAUAAACUGACCAACAUUAAACGCUACCACAUAGCAAAAGUGUAUCGGCGGGAUAACCCAGCCAUGACCCGAGGCCGAUAUCGGGAAUUCUACCAGUGUGAUUUUGACAUUGCUGGGCAAUUUGACCCCAUGAUUCCUGAUGCAGAGUGCCUGAAGAUAAUGUGUGAGAUCCUGAGUUCACUCCAGAUAGGCGACUUCCUGGUCAAGGUGAAUGAUCGGCGCAUCCUAGAUGGGACGUUUGCCGUCUGUGGUGUUCCUGACAACAAGUUCCGCACCAUCUGCUCCUCAGUGGACAAGCUGGACAAGGUGUCCUGGGAGGAAGUAAAGAGUGAGAUGGUGGGAGAGAAGGGCCUGGCACCUGAGGUGGCUGACCGCAUUGGGGACUACGUCCAGCAGCAUGGUGGGGUAUCCCUGGUGGAACAGCUGCUCCAGGAUCCUAAAUUGUCCCAAAACAAGCAGGCCUUGGAGGGCCUGGGAGACCUGAAGCUGCUCUUUGAGUAUCUGACCUUGUUUGGCAUUGCUGACAAGAUCUCCUUCGACCUGAGCCUAGCUCGAGGGCUGGACUACUACACCGGGGUGAUCUUUGAGGCGGUGCUGCUACAGCCCCCAGCCCAGGCAGGGGAAGAGCCCCUGGGUGUGGGCAGUGUGGCGGCUGGAGGGCGCUAUGAUGGGCUGGUGGGCAUGUUUGAUCCCAAAGGGCGCAAGGUGCCAUGCGUGGGGCUCAGCAUUGGGGUAGAGCGGAUCUUCUCCAUCGUGGAGCAGAGGCUGGAGGCCGUGAAGGAGAAGGUACGGACCACAGAAACACAGGUGCUUGUGGCAUCUGCACAGAAGAAGCUGCUGGAGGAGAGACUGAAGCUCAUCUCAGAGUUAUGGGAUGCUGGGAUCAAGGCAGAGCUGCUCUACAAGAAGAACCCCAAGUUACUGAACCAGCUGCAGUACUGUGAGGAGGCAGGCAUCCCACUGGUGGCCAUCAUUGGUGAGCAAGAGCUCAAGGACGGGGUCAUCAAGCUCCGCUCGGUGGCCAGCAGGGAAGAGGUGGACGUCCGAAGAGAAGACCUCGUGGAGGAAAUCAGAAGGAAAACAAGCCAGCCCCUUUGCAUCUGCUGAGUUGAACUAUCAGAGGAAAGUGGGACUGGCACUAUUUAAGGCUAAGACAAAACUCUGCAUAUGUACUUCAGCAGCUUUGCACGUUUCCUUCCCAACAGGAAGACCUGAAGAGUGGUCAUAACAAAGACUUUUUUUAUUUUUUUUUGCGGCACGCGGGCCUCUCACUGUUGUGGCCUCUCCCGUUGCGGUGGAGCACAGGCUCCGGACGCGCAGGCUCAACGGCCAUGGCUCACGGGCCCAGCCGCUCCGCGGCAUGUGGGAUCUUCCCGGACCAGGGCACAAACCUGUGUCCCCUGCAUCGGCAGGCGGACUCUCAACCACUGCGCCACCAGGGAAGCCCACUUUUUUAUUUUUAUUAUGAUUAUUUUAUUGGUAAUCACUGGCAAAAAUGGCCACCCAAAAAUGGGCGGGCCACGGGGAACGGGCCCAAGAUGGUUUCCUCGGCAGGGCCCUACAACUAGGUGGAGGGAACGCUUCCCACAACCAGCCGCCGCGGAAGGUCCAAUAAAAUGCCUCAACCACUGGA